AUGGAGGUCACUGGGUACACAGUACAAAUUUCUCAUUUUCUUUCUUUUUCUUAUUUUCUUUCUUCUUCUUUACUUCCUUCUUCUUUUUCUUCUUACCCUAUCACGUCUCAAUUUCUUUCAUCUUCUCUUCUUUCUUUUCAUUCUUCAUCUUUCGCUUCUUUCUUUCUUUCUUUCUUUCUUCAUCUUCUUUUCAUUCUUCCUCUUUCAUUCUCUUUUUCUUUCUUCCGCUUUCACGUCUUCUUCUUCUUCUUCUAUACUUGCCUCUUCUUCGUCUUUUCUUUUUCUUUAUCUUAUUCCUCUCCCCCACCUACACUUUUUCCUCUUCUUCUUCUUCUUCUUCUUCUUCUUCUUCUUCUUCUUCUUCUUCUUCUUCUUCUUCUUUUCUCUCUUCUUCUUCUUCUUACUACUACUACUACUACUACUACUAUACUACUACUUUCUCUAUUUUCUUUCUCCUCCUUUUCCUCCUUCUUCUUCUUUGCUCUUUUUACAUCUCCUCUUUCUCCUUCUUCCAAUUUUCUUGUGUCUCUCUCUUCUUCUCCAUUCUCCUCUUCUUUUUCUUCUUCCUCCUCUAUUUCUUUUCAUUUUUAA